UUUAAUGGUAUUAGUAUCUUGAAAUAAAAAGAUAGAAAACACAUUUUUCCUUCCAUUUAACGGAGGUGCACAUGCCCAGGAAGGAACAUCCAUCGUAGAAGUGAAUACGGUCGACAUAUCGCGCCGUAACGCUCAAGCGGAGCAGCGUUAAAUGGCAAUGCUCGCGCUAUUUAUAACAAACCAACACGGCAGCCUGAUAUACUAUAAGAGUCUCAACGGAAAGGACGCGUUCUCGUCAAAUGAUGCUAUCAGACUAGCAAGCACACUGCACGGUUUGUCGACAAUAGCGCCUAAACUGUGUGUACCGAAGUCAAAUAACAACUCGACACUGCUGCCGCAGCCUAAAGGGAUCACACAUAUAGAGUCAAAUUCCUUCAAGCUGCAGUGCUUGGAAACAUUAACUGGACUCAAGAUAUGUAUGGUUUCUACUUCACAGGGGCCUUCCAAAGAUCAUAUCAACGUUAUACUAAACUACGUUUACGAAUUGUAUGCGGACUUCGUUCACAAGUGCCCAUUCCACCAGCCUGAUAUGCCAGUGCGCUCUGAGCUGUUUGAUGAUCGCAUAUCUGCGUAUUUCAAGGAAUUGAACGCAUAAACAGGGGAUAUAACCGUUCCAUCUACUUCAUACGAAGCAUUUACCACAUGGGAUUCUGAU